GGUCACUGCUAUUACCACGGCAAUGUACAAGGGUACCCCGACUCCUCAGUCAGUCUCAGUACCUGCUCUGGACUCAGGGGAAUCAUUGUAUUUGAAAACAAAAGCUACAUUCUGGAGCCAUUAGAAGGUGCUACAAGUGAACACAAGAUCUACCGAGCAGAGACUCUGAAAAUAGCCCCAGGAUCUUGUGGCCACCAGCUGGACAUCUCUGCCAUGAGAGCUGAUGACAAUGACACAUCACACCAUUUUCAAGCUGGCAGGUACAAGAGGGAGACUUUGAAGACAACAAAGUAUGUGGAGCUUGUUAUUGUGGCAGAUAAUCGUGAGUUUCAGAGACAAGGGAAGGACGUGGAGAAAAUUAAGCAGCGGCUGAUAGAAAUUGCAAACUAUGUUGAUAAGUUCUAUAGGCCACUAAACAUUCGAGUAGCCCUGGUCGGAGUGGAAGUAUGGAAUGACAUGGAUAAGUGCUCUAUUUCCCAGGACCCUUUCACCAGCCUCCAUGAGUUUCUGGACUGGAGGAAGCUGAAACUACUACCUCGAAAACCCCACGACAAUGCACAGCUGAUAAGCGGGGUGUACUUCCAAGGGACCACCAUUGGCAUGGCGCCCAUCAUGAGCAUGUGCACUGCAGAGCAGUCUGGAGGGGUCGUCAUGGAUCACUCAGAAAACCCUCUAGGUGCAGCAGUCACGCUGGCUCAUGAGCUGGGACACAAUUUUGGAAUGAAUCAUGACACAUUGGAGAGGGGCUGUAACUGCAAAGCAUCUACUGAUAAAGGGGGCUGCAUCAUGAACCCCUCCACUGGCUAUCCAUUUCCCAUGGUGUUCAGUAGCUGCAGUAGAAAGGACCUGGAAAACAGCCUGGAAAAAGGAGUGGGAAUGUGUCUGUUUAACUUGCCUGAAGUGAAGGAGUCCUUGGGUGGCCAGAAGUGUGGGAAUGGCUAUGUGGAAGAUGGAGAGGAGUGCGACUGCGGGGAGCCAGAUGAAUGUACCAACCGGUGCUGCAAUGCCACCACCUGUACCCUGAACCCCGGAGCAGUGUGUGCCCAUGGACUUUGCUGCCAAGACUGCCAGUUGAAGCCAGCGGGGAUUCCUUGCAGAGAGUCAAGUAAUUCCUGUGAUCUGCCAGAGUUCUGCACAGGAGCCAGCCCUCACUGCCCUGCCAACGUGUACCUGCACGACGGGCACGCGUGCCACAGGGUGGAUGGCUACUGCUACAAUGGCAUCUGCCAGACCCACGAGCAGCAGUGCAUCACCCUCUGGGGCCAAGGUGCCAAACCUGCUCCUGGGAUCUGCUUUGAGAGAGUCAACUCGGCGGGUGAUCCCUACGGCAACUGUGGCAAAGACUCCAAGAGCUCCUUUGCUAAAUGUGAACCCAGAGAUGCCAAAUGUGGGAAAAUUCAGUGUCAAGGAGGAGCCAAUCGACCAGUCAUUGGUACCAAUGCUGUCUCCAUCGAAACCAACAUCCCACUUCAGGAAGGUGGCAAGAUUCUGUGCCGUGGCACCCACGUGUAUUUGGGUGAUGACAUGCCUGAUCCUGGUCUCGUGCUCUCAGGAACCAAGUGUGAAGAUGGAAAAAUUUGCCUCAAUCGCCGGUGCCAGAACACCAGUGUUUUUGGUGUACAGAAAUGUGCAACAAAAUGCCAUGGACGUGGAGUCUGCAACAAUAAAAAGAACUGUCACUGUGAGGCUGACUGGGCCCCCCCAUACUGUGACAAGCCAGGCUUUGGUGGCAGCAUGGACAGCGGACCCAUCAGGCAGGCAGGUUAG